AACGGCCACAGCUCGCCAAAUAGCCAGUUCCUCUCCCCUAGUGGCACAUCCGGAGGAGAUAGGAUAUCAGGAGCCACAGGUCAUAGGAUGAACAAUUACAACGGAAAGAUCUCUACUACAGGAUCGAGCCAACUAAGAAGUCGCUUCGUCAAGAAAAAUGGGCAUUGCAACGUGGUAUUCUCUAACAUGGAGGAGAAAUCACAACGUUACCUGGCUGACAUCUUUACCACCUGCGUGGACAUCCGCUGGAGAUACUUACUACUCCUCUUCUGCUCAACCUUCCUGUCCUCCUGGAUGUUUUUUGGAAUAAUCUUCUAUUCAGUUUCCAGAGCCCAUGGGGAUUUUGAUGAGCACCCUGGAAUGAGUUCCUCUUCAGGAUUGGAAGGGAAUGCGCUUGGGGUUGGUGAAGUUGAAGGGGUGCAGAAACCGUGGCAGCCAUGCCUCCUUCAUGUGGAGGGCUUCGUCGGAGCCUUCCUAUUCUCCGUCGAGACCCAGACCACCAUUGGUUAUGGGUGGCGCUGUGUCACUGAGGAGUGCCCUGUGGCAGUGAUCACAGUGGUGGUCCAGUCCAUAGUGGGAUGCAUCAUUGACUCCUUCAUGCUUGGCACAAUCAUGGUCAAAAUGGCACGCCCUAAGAAGAGGAACCAGACCCUGCUGUUCUCGAAAAACGCUGUGAUUUCCCUGCGCGAUGGCAAGCUGUGCCUCAUGUGGCGGGUGGGUAACCUGCGCAAGAGCCACAUCGUGGAGGCCCAUGUGCGGGCACAGCUCAUUCGACCCUACGUCACGGCAGAGGGAGAGUUUAUCCCUCUAGAGCAGAGGGAUCUCAAUGUAGGCUACGACGAAGGCAUAGACAGACUCUUUCUGGUUUCUCCUCUGGUUAUCGUCCAUGAGAUCGACGAGGACAGCCCCCUGUAUACUGUGAGCCGGGCUGAUCUGGAGUCUGAUGACUUUGAGAUCGUAGUGAUCUUGGAGGGCAUGGUGGAGGCCACCGCCAUGACCACCCAGGCCCGCAGCUCCUAUCUGGCCAAGGAGAUCCUAUGGGGUCAUAGGUUUGAGCCUGUGAUCUUUGAGGACCGAACCAAGUAUCAGGUGGACUAUGCUCGCUUCCACAAGACCUACGAGGUGCCCUCCACACCCCACUGCAGCGCCAAGGAGCUCAGUGAGAUGGCCAGUCGGCCUGCCUCAUCCGCCUCCUCCCACUCACUAUUCCCAGCCAGCCCUAGAAUCACCCAGCACCUUGUAACCCCCCACUCCCCCAGCGCCUUCUGCUAUGAGAAUGAGGUAGCACUGAGCUGUGGAGAGGACGAGGAUGAACUGGAGAGGCAAAAGGGAAAAGACAGGGAGGAGGAAAGGAGGAAUUCAGUUUCUGUUGACUUCCAUCAUUUGUUUCAGGACACAGCCACAAUGACAUCCGGCAGCAACAUGCUGUGUGUUUUGGACAAUCAGAUGGAUUUUGACAUUCUACAGACGACCAUUACUCGUGAUCCACUGACAUAUAAAAGUGAGUCAGGAAUCUGAGGCAAAGGGAUGGCACCCUCAGACCCUUCCCAACCCCUCCAUUCAUAUAGUUGAAGUCGGAAGUUUACACACACUUAGAGUCAUUAAAACUAGUUUUUCAACCACUCCACAAAUUUCUUGCUAACAAACUAUAGUUUUGGCAAGUCGGUUAGGACAUCUUCUUUGUGCAUGACACAAGUAAUUUUUUCAACAAUUGUUUACAGACAGACUAUUUCACUUAUAAUUCACUGUAUCACAAUUCCAGUGGGUCAGAAGUUUACAUACAUUAAGUUGACUGUGCCUUUAAACAGCUUUAAAAAUUCUGGAAAAUGAUAUCAUGGCUUUAAAAGCUUCUGAUAGGCUAAUUGACAUAAUUUGAGUCAAUUGGAGGUGUACCUGUGGAUGUAUUUCAAGGCCUACCUUCAAACUCAGUGCCUCUUUGCUUGACAUUAUGGGAAAUCUAAAGAAAUCAGCCUCAGAAUUUUUGGUUCAUUCAAGUCUGGUUCAUCCUUGGGAGCAAUUUCCAAAUGCCUGAAGGUACCACGUUCAUCUGUACAAACAAUAGUACGCAAGUAUAAACACCAUGGGACCACGCAGCCGUCAUACCGCUCAGGUAGGGUAGCCUAGUGGUUAGAGCGUUGGACUAGUAAUCGAAAGGUUGCAAGUUCAAAUCCCCAAGCUGACAAGGUACAAAUCUGUCGUUCUGCCCCUGAACAGGCAGUUAACCCACUGUUCCUAGGCCGUCAUUGAAAAUAAGACAUUGUUCUUAACUGACUUGCCGAGUAAAAAAAAGGAAGGAGAUGAGUUCUGUCUCCUAGAAAUGAAUGUACUUUGGUGCGAAAAGUGCAAAUAAAUCCCAGAACAACAGCAAAUAACCUUCUGAAGAUGCUGGAGGAAACAGGUACAAAUGUCUUUAUCUCCACAGUAAAAAAUAUAUAUAUAUCGACAUAACCUGAAAGGCCACUCAGCAAGGAAGAAGCCACUUUUCCAAAACUGCCAUAAAAAAGCCAGACUACAGUUUGCAACUACACAUGAGGACAAAGAUUGUACUUUUUGGAGAAAUGUCCUCUGGUCUGAUGAAACAAAAAUAGAACUGUUUUCCCAUAAUGACCAUAAUGAGGAAAAAGGGGGAUGCUUGCAAGCUGAAGAACACCAUCCUAACCGUGAAGCACGGGGGUGGCAGCAUCAUGUUGUGGGGGUGCUUUGCUGCAGGAGGGACUUGCUGCAGGAGGGACUGGUGCACUUCACAAAAUAGAUGACAUCAUGAGGAUGGAAAAUUAGGGGGAUAAAUUGAAGCAACAUCUCAAGAAUUCAGUCAGGAAGUUAAAGCUUGGUCGCAAAAUGGGUUUUCCAAAUGGACAAUGACCCCAGGCAUACUUCCAAAGUUGUGGCAAAAUGGCUUAAGGAUAACAAAGUCAAGGUAUUGGAGUGGCCAUCACAAAGCCCUGACCUCAAUCCUAUAGAAAAUGUGUGGACAGAACUGAAAAUGCGUGUGCGAGCAAGAAUGCCUACAAACCUGACUCAGUGAAACCAGCUCUGUCAGGAGGAAUGGGCUAAAAGUCCCCCAAUUUAUUGUGGGAAGCUUGUGGAAGGCUACUCGAAACGUUUGACCCAAGUUAAACAAUUUAAAGGCAAUGAUACCAAAUACUAAUUGAGUGUAUGCAAACUUCUGACUCACUGGGAAUGUGAUGAAAGAAAUAAAAGCUGAAAGAAAUAAUUAUAUCUGCUAUUAUUCUGACAUUUCACAUUCUUAAAAUAAAGUGGUGUACCUAACUGACCUAAGACAGGGAAUUUUUUAGGAUUAAAUGUCAGAAAUGUAAAUGUUUAAAUGUAUUUUUUGGCUAAUGUGUAUGUAAACUUCCGACUUCAACUGUAUAUACCUACCUGUAGAUCUUGAAGUGAGGUCUUCCAUUUGUUUUUUGCACGUUUUGCGCUGGAUUUAGUACUAGAUCUAUACCCCUUUCGCCUUGCCAGCAUUAUAUUGUACUUUUACCUGAGCCCAUGUUUUUGUUUGUGUAGAGAACAAAAUGGGAGGCUGAGGUAGUGGUUCUACUCUGCACACCUCACCCAUACUUGUACCUUGGUUGGGCUGUGGGACAGUCCCCUAGAGAGAUAAUUACACAUGAGAUUGUAUGAACGCGUGACUUUUUAAACGAGGUAAUAGGAAAGGAACACCAAGAGAUGGACAGUUCCAGCAGAGAGCUGAGGAGGAGACAAAUAAUGACUUGUUGAGACGUGUGCAAUGAAGGAUAAACAGACAUUUGACCAAAGGAGGACUUCUGCUACAGAAACUGUCUCAGGAGGGAAUGUGCAGGGAAGACACCCAGAAUAUUUGAGUGACAUUCAAGUAGGUAGGUAUGAUGUCUAUCUACACAGUCGUAUUACGUCGUUUGUUUAAUUUGGACAUGAUACAUGAUAUUUUGAUGUGGAAUCAACCUCCAGUGUUCUGUAAUGAUAAAAUGAUUGGUGAUAUGACAUGUAAUAUGAAUCAUACAUGGGUUCAAAUACUAUAUCAACUCUCAGUUCAGCUGAGCAAUAUAACAGACAGGAUAGUUCGCUGCUUUCUACUAUUUGCACUAUUGUUCUUCAGUCAAGUUUUCCUCUGAGCCUCUUUUCUCCCUAAUUUACUCAUUUACACACGUUGUUUUCAUAGUGUCUUUAGCAUAGAUCAAUGAAUCAUUUAUCGGUUGUUACUGUGCGUAGUAACAACAAUACAAUGACCAACGCAAUCAUUCAAUAAUCAUAGCUAAGGGUCUUAAUGUCUGAAAUCCAGUUCGUCAUUUGCUGGAGAAAAGAACUAGCUGUUGUCAUUCUCCAGAAUCAGGGAGCUUUAUCUCACGUCUUUAUUAAAGCCCGGUAUUUGUGUUGCAAAAGGAGCAUGAAUGUGACAUAAUGGAAAGUCCCUCUCUUCAGUGUAUGUCAGUAGAGAACUUAUCAUGAGUUACUUAUCUGGUCUCUCCUGUCACCUUAAAGGUGUUUCCCGAUAGACACCUUUGGGGGAAUCAUCUGAAAGCUGUUGUCUUUAGAACGUGAGAUCUCAUAAAGGUUGAUUAUAGAGAGACUGAAUAUAGAGACAUCUUUGUGUAAUCCAAAGUGUCUAUAUUUCAUCGCUUUCCCACUAAGUCAAAUAUAAACAACGUUGUCUUGUUGGUUAGCAUAUGGUUUGUGUAUGAAAUUAUUCCUGAAUCUCCUGCACCGUAGCUCCUAUUGUGUGUAGUUGUCUGAAAGAUCUACAUGUCCCUUGUCUGUUUCCUGCACAACACUGCACCUGUUUUUCUCUUCAUCUUCAUCCAACAACAUUUUGUUCUUGAGUACCUUUCGCCAUUUUUAAAUCUGCAAAAUUGUUUGUGAGGAUUAUAUCAACUUGAAUGUGUGUGUGUGUGUGUGUGUGUGUGUGUGUGUGUGUGUGUGUGUGUGUGUGUGAGAGAGAGAGAGAGAGAGAGAGAGAGAGAGAGAGAGAGAGAGAGAGCACUGGGCAUUCAGUAUGACAGUAGGCUUUUCAAGUCAAAACUUGCACUUUUUCAAAUAACCAGACCUUUGUGACAGUUGAGGCACACGGGAAACGUUGUUACCACAAAAUGCAACUGCUACUUUAUAUUUUUACAAUGAACGUACUGUAUUUGAGGGGUUGUGUGUACAUGUCGAUAUGCUAGCAGUAGCAUGGAGUAAAUGCUGAGCGAUGACGGUGAGGAAUCUUUAUCAUGCUACUAUAUCUGGUUUACAACUUGUGUUUGUAAAACAACUGUGUAAUAUUAUUUCCUGAAAUAAUUGUGUUGAUUUAUCUCUGCCCCUCAGUCUCCCGGCUCGCACGUCUCUAUUAACAUGCCGUGCGUGGCGAAACAGAACAGACAAAUUCCCUGACCAACACAAGCUUGAACAGCGAGUAAAUCAUAGAACGCACUUCAUUCCUUGUGUGUACCUUCUGAUGUUGAAAAUAAAUAUGUAUAAUGUA